AUGACUGCCGCCUUGUGGAGGAAAAGAUCUCCAAUCUUACUUGCUCCAGAAACACCCAAGGGCUUUCAACUUUUGAGUGAACAUUUCGCUCUCCUCAAGGUACAAGCAGAUGCACUUUUGGCCAUAUCGCCGGCAGUAGAUGCACUAUGUCGGAAUCGUAUCGUGUCGCAGUACACAAGGAGACUCGGUAAACUUUUGAAACAUAUGGUUGCCCCGCCUCCUGGCGACGUCACUUGUUCAAAAGACGAACUAGAUCCCAAGAUACGACGCAAGCUCAAUGACGCCCUUAGAGUUGCCGCCAAAGAUGCUGCGAUAGGAGCCAAGCUGAGAGAGUUCAAGUUUUAUACGAUCUUGCUUAUUGGUCUAUCUUACAGCAUAGAGGGUCUUAGGGCGCUUAGUCUAGAGGUUAUUGGCCAAAUAUGCGUGUUUAUUCAAGGAUAUAUAGUGAAGUUCGAGCUGAUUCCUUUCCUCCUUCAAACGAAUAUCCUUUCAACCAUUGGCCUGGCGAAAGCAGGUGGUAUCGACUUGAAAACAUUGGAGACAGCAGAGAUAGAAAGCUUUAAGGGGAGCAACAGUCUAGCAAACGGCGACCAUCCAACAAGCAAGCUCAGUAGGGAGGGUGGAGCCAUUGACCCAACACCCGGGCCUUUGCAGAAGAGGGCGAGAACAGACACUGUGAUCCAAGCCGAAGUGCCAACCGCUGUAAACACGGCAGAAAAGCACCAAACUUCUCACGUCGAACCUCCCACUGGAUCUCUGAGUGUCUUCAAGGGUAUGUUCUAA